UCCCGUCUGCUCCCCGGGGGGAGCGCCCUGCUGCCGGCCCCCGGCUCGCCCUACGGGCAGGCGCUGAGCCGCCAGCUCAGCAGCGGCAUCUCCGAGAUCCGCCAGACUGCCGAUAGCUGGAAGGUCACCUUGGACGUCAACCACUUCGCGCCCGAGGAGCUGGUGGUCAAGACCAAGGAUAAUAUCGUGGAGAUAACCGGCAAACACGAGGAGAAGCAGGAUGAACAUGGCUUCAUCUCCAGGUGCUUCACCCGAAAAUACACGUAA